AUGGAAAAUUCUGACCGCCGUGAUUAUUUUGUGGUGGCACCCAUUUUCAAAUGUCUAAGCUCCUCGACAAAGUGCAUCAUCGUGGCUGAUCGCGGAUCCCCGCUGCGAACUAGCGAUAUCCAUAUUGUGCUGGACAUGAUCCACUAUGUUGCAGAACAAAAAGCCGGAUUGCGACUGCCGGCACUAUAUUUAGACGGGUUCCGCUGCAGUUUCCAGCUCGGUUUGAAUUUCGACUCAGAGAUAGAGCACGAUGACUGCGUGCAGCAUGGGCCCAAACCAGCGCCGCGCAAGUUCAACGUUCACGUCGAUAAAUAUAAUAUUAUCCGCCUGAUUGAUUUUAUCGCAGCAUGUCGGAGCCUUCCAUGCGACCGAAUUCGCCUGCAAAACUGCAUUGCUCACAUCGACCGUGUCAGCGGCUGGCCGGAUACUGAGCAGUCGCCAUUUAUAGUUAUUAGCUGCUUUUCUAUGGCGGGACUGGAGACAGCGAAUAAUCUGGAAGUCGCGGUGUGGGAUGCGUUGGAAGCCAGUUUGCCCUUGCCCACGUUAGAGCAGCGCCAAGCGCUGACGCGGUGGUUGGCUACGCUGGGCAAUGCGGUUGGCGAGGAUCUGCUUGCUCCUGCUGCAUGCAAGGUACUAUGUGCGACGCAGACAGCUGAUCCACGACCCACGCAGCACUAUCGUGGGACGAAGUGGUGCAUCGAAGGCCUGGGAAAUUUGCAGUUAGAGAAGCUGUCCCAUGUUGCUUUAAAUGCCCUCAUCCGACUGGCGGAUAUCGUCGCAGGACAAGCUGAAUGA